AUGGCCACUACGCCGACCUCGUCUUUGCCUUUGUCCGCUGGCGACAUUGCGGCGGUGUUGGCGUCGCUCGCCGAGUCGGGUGACUUGGCCGCGGAAGUGGCGGCUUGGACGCCGGAACUUCGGGCAGCUGUGGCGGUCGCGGUUACCUUGGCGAGUUCCUCGAC